ACGCCAAAGUACGUCCAUAUUACAUACUACAUACAUAUGUAUGUACAUAUCUACAUACUAGCAUCAAGUGACAAAGCUUAAUAUACUUCAAUAGAAAAAAAUCAAUAAAAGAAAAACGAGGAAAGUAAGAAAAUUUUUCAAAAAAUCACAUACAGUGAAAAUACAUUUACAUAUACGUACAUAUACGUGUAAUAAUAAGCGCAUUACAUGCAUGCUUUAUCAACGUAAUAUCGAAAGAGAAAAAAUCGCAUACAAAUCCAUAGUCGAAAUGGCACCCUGCCAAGUGCAUCCAGUUAUAAUUCAUACGAGAGCAGUGCCGUCAGCGCUAGAACUGCUCCGGUGCGUCCCACUGGCAGUGUGCGCCGAAAUCUCUUCGGUCAGCCGGAUCAACGCGAAAUGGUGCGCACUUUCGACAAUGAAAAUGCACGUCAACGCAAACGUUUGGAUAAUUACAAAAUUAUUGAACCAUAGCGCAAAGCAAAGAAAUCAACACAAUAAGGAGACGGAGCCUAGCAAUGAAUCUUUCCCUGGUUUGAUCGCCAAGGAGUUGGAGGCACACGAAAAGGAAACGCAAAAACAAAAUUUAAAACAAAAGAGUAGUGGCGAAGCGUCGUCGUCGUCGUCGUCGUCGUCGUCGCUGAGUCAACGCCAGGAGCAGAUUGAGAUGACACCAACAUUGUCGACAAAGGCUAAAUUAAGAACGCUCCACACUAACAGUCGCGCCAACAGCGAUGCGGCCACCGAAGAUACGCGCUACAGGCCUUACAUCAAACAGACGUUAAUUACUGAUGUGAUGCCUAAACGAAAAUCAAUACCGCCACCGUAAAUGCUGCUGCUGUUUCCGAUGACAUCGUCAUCGACUUGGACAAUGUUUCGGGCGUUUAACAAAUCGCUUGAAAUUUUUGUCGACUGAAGUUUUUGUAAAGGGUGUAUUGUUGCGGGCGAUAUGUGGUGUAUGUAGCUGCGUUUGCUGCUUUAUUUGGUUUGGCGUACGGCGUUGGCGCAACGGAAACUGCUGUGAGUGCCACGAGCAGUUGAGAUUUGCAUUGAAAGUGGUUUGGUUUUCUGUCUGUAAUAGGGGUAUUCACGAUCCGGUGUAUACUGUCUAGUAUGGUGCAUAGAAAUCAUAAAAAGCGUGAUUGGC